UGCAGUAAUUUCCCCAUGGCCAGGCUGGUCUCCGCGAGAGCAACCCUGUUUACAGAGGCAGACAGAAGAUGGCAGAUAUGAAGCUUCUCAUCCUGGUGGUCUACGUGGUGCUAGGCAGUCUGCAAACUGAAGGUGGCCAAGUGAAAUUUGGUACCCUCUGCAGUGGAAAUCCUACAAACACCAAGAGAGGAUGUGAUAAAAAAUAUGGCUGUGGAAACUAUGGAGCUAAUCGGGAUCAAGGCAGGCGUAAGCACAUGGGUCUGGACAUCAUCUGCUCUGAUGGCGCGACAGUCUACGCCCCGUUUGACGUGAAGCUGACUGGAAAAGCCGUUCCGUACAAAAAAGGCAACGCCAUCAACGAUGGAGUUAGUCUCAGUGGGGGAGGUAUCUGCUUUAAGCUGUUCUACCUGAAGCCGCUGAAGUACUCAGGGAACGUGAAGGCCGGCCAGAAGCUCGGCACCCUGCUGCCCAUGCAGAAGGUCUACCCCGGAAUCACCUCUCACAUCCACGUGCAGAUGUGUGACAAAUCUGACCCCACCAAGUACUUCUGAGCGCCUGCCAGGACACGCUCGGCAUCGCCGCCCACUGUUUUCUGCUCGCGUUGCCUCGUUCCCAUUGGCUGUGCUUUGAGGUGCAUCGCUGUGCGAGAGUGGAGAUCACGGGAGAGCACUCCUCUGGCCUAGCUGCUUUGUGCGUCUCCGUGAUCUUGCUUCCGGCAGACUUCUCUCUCUAAUAAAGCUUUGGUGGUGGAAUGUGUA